UACAAGUAUAAGGAAGGCUAUCGCAAGCAGCUUGGCCACCAUAUCGGAGCCCGGAACAUAGAGGAUGAUCCAAAGAUGAUGUGGUCGAUGCACGUAGCCAAGAUCCAGAGUGACAGGGAGUACAAGAAAGCUUUUGAGAAGACAAAGACACACUUCAGUAGCCCAGUGGACAUGCUGGGAGUUGUGUUGGCCAAGAAAUGUCAGGAGCUGGUCAGUGACAUUGAUUACCGCCACUAUCUGCAUCAGUGGACCUGCCUGCCAGACCAGAAUGAUGUUAUUCAUGCUAAGAAAGCCUAUGAUCUACAGAGUGAUAAUUGCUACAAGUCUGACCUUGAAUGGUUACGAGGCAUUGGUUGGGUCCCAAUUGGUUCCUUGGAUGUUGAAAAAGCCAAGAAGGCAGGAGAGAUCUUGAGUGAUAAAAUAUACCGUCAGCAUCCGGACACAAUCAAGUUUACUAGUGUCACCGAUUCUCUGCUGAUGGUCUUAGCCAAGCAAAAUGCAGAAACGAUGAAUAAGCGUUUAUAUACUGAGGCCUGGGAUAAAGACAAGACACAAAUCCACAUCAUGCCUGACACACCUGAAAUCACAUUGGCAAAACAGAACAUGCAAAACUACAGUAUGAAACUCUACAAACAGGCCAUGGAAGAAGCAAAAAAGAAAGGCUAUGAUUUGAGAAGUGAUGCUAUCCCCAUUCAGGCUGCCAAAGCAUCCAGGCAAAUUGCCAGUGAUUACACCUACAAAGAAGGCUAUCGCAAGCAGCUUGGCCACCACAUAGGGGCCCGGAACAUAGAGGAUGAUCCAAAGAUGAUGUGGUCGAUGCACGUAGCCAAGAUCCAGAGUGACAGGGAGUACAAGAAAGCUUUUGAGAAGACAAAGACACACUUCAGUAGCCCAGUGGACAUGCUGGGAGUCGUGUUGGCCAAGAAAUGUCAGGAGUUGGUCAGUGACAUUGAUUACCGCCACUAUCUGCAUCAGUGGACUUGCCUGCCAGACCAGAAUGAUGUUAUCCAUGCUAAGAAAGCCUAUGAUCUGCAGAGUGACAACUGCUACAAGUCUGACCUUGAAUGGUUACGAGGCAUUGGUUGGGUCCCAAUUGGUUCCUUGGAUGUUGAAAAAGCCAAGAAGGCUGGAGAGAUCUUGAGUGAUAAAAUAUACCGUCAGCCUCCAGACACAAUCAAGUUUACUAGCGUCACUGAUUCUCUACAGAUGGUCUUAGCCAAGCAAAAUGCGGAGACAAUGAAUAAGCAUUUAUACACCGAAGCAUGGAAUAAAGAUAAGACCAUGGUUCAUGUCAUGCCUGACACACCAGAAAUCCUGCUAGCUAAACAAAACCAAUUAAAUUACAGUCAGAAAAUGUACAAACUAGCUUUGGAGGAAUCGAAGAAGAAGGGUCAUGAUUUGCGUUUUGAUGCCAUUCCUAUUCAAGCUGCCAGAGCAUCCAGAGAGAUUGCCAGUGAU